AUGUCUUCUACUGCCGCUAAUGUGAAAAAGACGUCAGCAGUAACCCCCUGCAAGACGAUACGAGGCCAUACCUUGGGAGUUACAGGCGUUGCACACCUGCCCGGCGGGCAGCGCAUCAUCACAUGUUCGGUCGACAGGUCACUUCGACUAUGGGACCUAAAGAGCGGUGCACAGAUAGGUAGCGAGUGGCGAGAUGAAGGGGAUGAGGCAGCAAUAUUUGCCAUGUCGUUGUCUCCAAAUGGCAAGACUAUUGCCAGCGGAAGCACUGACGGGACAGUGAGGUUGUGGGAUGUCAAGACGGGGAAGGUUGUCGUCAAAUGGAAAGAACACACUUCUUUUGUGCAGUCAGUGUGCUGGAGUCCAAAUGGUGGGCGAGUUGUGAGCGGAUCUCAGGACGGGACGGCAAGAGUGUGGGAUGUGAAGAGCGGCAAACCAGUCAAAGGUCUGAAUCCAAUCAAGACAGGACACGAACAUGUGCACGCGGUGAGCUACUCACCCGAGGCAUCAAUGAUUGCCACAGGAGGAUUUACUUAUAACGAAAAUGGAAUAAAAAUCCGGGACGCGAAGACAGGUGAGCUGCUGUCCACGAUCAAACUCGAUCGGACAGUUUGGAGCUUAUCCUGGACAUCGGAAAAGAAGCUUAUUGCCGGGUUGAACGAUGGCUCAAUUAAGAUAUUCGACACUGCCACAUGGCAGCAGAUCGCUGUUCUGGAGGGUCACACAGAUGUUGUCUCCUCCCUCACUUUAUUUCCCAACGACCGCCUCCUUGCGAGUGCAUCCUGGGAUGGAACAGCGCGUCUCUGGAAUCUUGACACAAACCUCCAAAUCGGGCCACCUCUUCAACACAAAAAUGACGUCACUUGUGCGGCCUUUUCCACUGAUGGAAAGUUACUAUCCACUGCAGGUUGGCAGGAUGAAAUUGCGUACAUAUGGGACAUUCAAGCCAUCCUCAAAACAGCUGGCCUAGAAAAUCUCUUGUCCAUACCUGAUGUGAGUGCCAAUUUGACUCCCACUCGCCAUCUCAUUCCCAAUGGCUAUCAGGCACAAAAAUCUGAACUCAAAAACAAGAAGCUGCAUCCGUCAUUUGGCUUUUCGAGUAUAGAGCACACUUCUCUCUCCGAGCCAUCGCAGGACAUAGAAGACAAUUCGUUUUUGGAGGCUGAUGCUACGCAAGGUUUCGGCCAGUUCGGGGAAGAUGAACUCCUACCAGGAUUUUUUGACUGCCCGCAAGUCGAUGCUCAUUCCCCUGCAACACUUUUUACCCGUGUGAGAUUUUCUGCAUUACUUGGUCGCUUUCCCCACCUCCUUCGCCGUUCCGAACCCAAUCAAGCGACCGAAACUCAGCAGCCUCCAGUGCCUUCGGAGUUACGUUCGCGUGUGCUCUUCGAUCGCCUAUCCUCACUCCUUCGCUCUCCGCCGAACACUGAUGAGAUAUCUGGACCUUCGCAACCUUCAAUGAUUUCGCGAUUAAGUCCACGAGUGCUCCUUGAUGACUUAUCCGAACUUUUUUCCCGCCCUCGAAUCUCCAUCAACGAAGCAACCGAACCUCGGCGAUCCAAAACGCCUCAGAGGUCACGUUCAGGUGCACUCAUUGGUCCCAUAUCUUCACUCUUCCGUUCUCCACCCAACGCCGAUGAAGCAAUUGAACCUCGGUGUUACUCAGGGCCAACUACCUCUCAUCUCAGUCGUCUUGUCGACGAUGUUGCCGCGAUGCGGGACCGGGAGGUGUUAGUUGUUGCUCGUCGGCCCGACACUGCUAGUGAAAUAGCCAGGCGCGUCAAGAACCCUAAACCAUGGGUUCGCGUGGUAUUUUUUCUCUGUUGUGUGUCUCCAGGUACCGACGACCCCACUUCCACCACAUAGACAACUAUUCUUUCAUCACUUUAAUUCUUUGUUUCUACCUGCCUUAUCACUGUACCGAAUAUCAUGUAUUUCUGCGCGUAUUGACACACCAGCGCAUAUUUCUGCAUGGAUGCCAGUCAACUUGCAUGUAACCUAACAUCACGCAAUAUGUACAUGUGUUAAUGUUAAAGUGCCAUGUACCUUGAUUCUUACACGGCUAAAUUUUUCAUCGUCACAUGCACUAAAGCUAUGAAUCGAUUCCGAGUCAUACUCGAUUUCCCGUCUGUUUAUGACGGUCGUGCAAGGCAUCGAUCCAUUAUGCUGAACCCAUAGGAUCACCAAGAAGUACUAUGGUCAC